UGUAAAAGUAAUGACUUUUGCAUUUCACGCUUCCAAGAGUGAAAAAACUAUUCGAUUGAAAGAGCGAUUCCCUAGACAUUUUUAACGAUCGACUUUGAAACGUCGCAGCAGAUAUAGAUAAGAACUUUUAUACUCCGUGGAAACUGAAACUGAAGCAGAUGGUGUCGCAGCAGGAUAAGAUAAGUUUCAAGAAGAUAUGAACGCAUUUUUCGUGCAUCAUCGUGAGCUAUUAGUAUUGCCAGAGAGCUAUCGCGCUAGAUAACAAAUCUACGACAAUAAUGCUUAUAAAGGCACAAUUUUUAUUUAUAUAUAUAAAAAUAUAAGGAUUCUGAUCACAAUACAGUACACAACAACGUCAUUCACGAAAAAGAACAGCGCGUCUAGAAAGCAAACAUCAAAUCGCCGACAAAAUUACGAGCGAAGCACAUUGCUCACUCCCCAAAUAUUCGAUUUGCCUACGUCUAUACUCUCGUCGAGACGAGACUAUACUACUGCGUCUUGGAGAAGCAAAAAAUUGCGACGUAGAACGAACGUUGUUCUCUCUCACUGCGUAAAGAGAGAGAUGGACGGCCUGCUGACAGCCGCGAACGCGAAAAGGUGCCUCCGCCCGAAGGGGCUUCGCUUUACUCGGAAUAUCCAUUACAGAGUCCAGAGUAGAGCACAUCGGAAAAACGCGCGGAACAGCUUAGAGUUUCUAAGCAUGAGGCGUUGUUAAAUUUACGCUCUACAGACUUUUGACGAAGCUCGAAGCUCGUUAAAAAUAAAAAUUACGAGAGAAACUUGGAGGGGUCAGACGCGAGUUUUGAAACCAGUCGAUUGUUUAUAAGGAAAGCAGGUCUCUGCGCCUAUUAAGAAGUGAUUCACUCGUCGGUACUAAGUAUACAUGACAUUGUUAAGCUAACUUUCGGCCAUUUUCAACAAUCUCCCCCGUUGCAUCAUCGUGAAUCAGCCCAGCGGCGCUCCCGCGGGCGACCUUCCGAGAAGCCAGUCAUCCGCGUCGAAUUUUGCAAAGGACCCUCGGGAUAAGCCAGGGCCCGAACGAAACGCUUCUAUAUCACGAGACUCGCGCGUGCAGCAUAUAGUUAUACGGGUGUGGGUGCGAGGGUGUGAGCGAGAAGGAGAGAAAGGCGGAUAGGAGAGUCGCGGCUGCGGAAGAGAGUGUGGGUAUAUAGAGGGACUGAGGGAGAACGUCGCCGUCGCGCGCGGAGAGACGUAAAUGAAAGCGUACAUACAAAGGCCCGCGUGUGUUGUUCGUAUAUGCGGCAUCGGGCUUAGGUGGGACAGGAAGCGGGACUACGUCAUGCUACGAUUGUUCCCUCCUCUCCCUCCCGUUUUCUUUUUGUUCUUAUUAUUUUGUCGCUGACUCCAGCGCUCGUUUGAAUUUCGCGCCACCGCGGGGACAACGAACGCGACGCGCGGCGGGCUAAUUAGACUUGGAUGGAUGUGCGUCUGCGAGAGAUCAAAGGUCGGGCUGGAAGUAGUCCGGUUGAUAGUAUACGAAACUUUGAAUAUCCUUUUUAUCCGGUCGGAGCUUGCGACGCGCUUGUGGAAGCUUUGGUGCAUAGUAUGAGCUGCGCGUGUGUCAUACACCGAAUGAUUUGUAUUCCGAGGAAGUUGUGCUUCAUUCAUGAUUCAUUACUACAAUAGUAAAUAGUUAUCGAUCGUAUGUUCGAUUCUUCCCGUGUUUAUCGUGGAAUAAUUCGACGAGCUUUGGUUACUAAGAAGGGAUUAGUCGCGCGCUUGGAAUUCCAUAUUCGAGCCGAAACUUUUGUCAUUGCCUCAAUGACGCCGUUUUUGCAACAACGUUGAGCAGCUGAACUUUAACGACUUUAAUCACCAUUCCAUCCCGUGAGAAAAGAGUUGAAUUUACAUCUCCCUACGCUCGGUCGUUUGAAGCAAAUCUAAAAGUUAAAGCAGCCUCGAGAAAACUGUCAAGCGCCAGAUCGCGAUGCAUUUCAAAUUUGGCGCCAUCUCGGCGCCGUCACCCGAUACCCUCGUAUAGAUAUACACACGUAUAGAUGCGUUCGCCGUCGAUGAAUGAAAUUCAAGCAAAGAUAGAAAAUUCAAACGCCGCGCUCUAUAUAUAUAGCACACUAUAAACGUCGGAGCUGAAGAAUUACGACACCGGCCUCGGAAAAAAGUGGCGUCUAGCAAUUAAAGGGCCACUCCACUCGAGCGAAGAAAAAAAACCGAGUGCGGUGCCGCUCUUAUCUUAUCGGCUCGUUUGCUCUGCGUGUGCGGCUCGGAGCCGCUAUGUACACCGCGUCGACUCUAUAUAGCUAUAUAGUCGUUUAUAUGCAAUGCUCAUGCAUGUGUAUGUGUAUGGCUGUGUUUAUCGGCGCACGACUGCAUAGAGGGAACUUUUCCGGCGGGUCUUUCCUGUCUCCCCGGUGCUCGAGCACUGACGAAGCGAUGCCCGAAAAAUUCAUGAGGGAUGCGGGAUUUUCCAUCGAGCACGUACAUAUAUAUGACCGAUGUUGCCGGAAGUCCCCUAUUAGCCCCUAUACUGCGCGCAGUGUUUGUCUUUCGGGUCAACACUUUUUUUUGUGUAAUUCUCCGACAAAAGGGCGAUUCGAGUGAAUUCUAUUUUAUUGUGGAAUAGAAUAAGAGAGCGAAAUUUGAAUUUCAACGAAGCUCGCGCACAAUGCGCAUUUUUAUAUAGAAUGACGAUUUUUUAGAGAAUAUUUUUGAAUUUUCCAUAGUAUUUUCUAAUUUGGAAUUGUACCAUGUGAAACGCUAUAAUACAUGCCCACCAUGAGACAAAGGAAAAAAAUGUGUGUAAUUAUCGAAUUGACAUGCAAACGUCUUUUUAUCAUCGCGCAGGUGUAUUUUAGAUCUAAAGACCGUCACAUACUAACAAAAGACCGCGUAUAUACCGGCCACGUUAUGUAACGUCGCCGUAAAUUGAUUUUAAGCACAAGUACACGUCAGCCCAUGUGGGGUAGUUGAUUAAAUGGCAACAUUUGACGUUUUUAGACAUAACGUUGGUUUAACGAAAAACAAUUACGUGAAUUUACAUUAGUACGAGGUUCUUUGCAUUUAGUUACUCGAGUUUUAUUUUUAUUUAAAAUAACUAUUUUUAUAAUUUUGGGUAAAAUUAAUUAAAAAUAAUAAAAUUCCAUUCGAUUCAGCGCUUUUCAAACUACCAGAUCAUACUAGAACUACACGUGCAUUCACGAUCCAAAAUUUAUCCAUAAGCACACCACAUGCAGCGCUAAAAGAAAACAUCAAUACAACGGAGAAGUAAAAGAAAAUCGUACGUGUCUCUCUCGUAGCAGAACAGCUGCCAGGGAAAAGCUCGAUCAAUCAAUAAAUCUUCGUGCGUGGUCUCGUUACGAAAGUGGAUCCAGGAGGUAUGGUCGCCUGGGACUACAUGAACGGCGGCAGGAGGUUCAACUGCGCCCAGCAGAAGAAGAAGUACGAGAACGACAAGAAGAUUCCCGUCAUCGACAUGAGCCACUUCCUCCAAGAGGCCAAGCAGAGCUACAACGAUCUGAAGAGCUACAACGACGAGAGAGAACGACAGAUACAAGUCGAGGCUGAGCGUCAGAGGCGGCAACGGGAGCAGGAGGAGCGAGAUCGACAGGAGAGGAUGAAGCAGCAGAAAAUGGAACAGGAGCGAGUGGAAAAUCAGAAGAAACAGGAAGCCCAUCGACUGAGACUCGAGGAGGAGAAGAGGCUGCAGAUGGUCCAAGAACAGCUCAAACACGCAGAGGAGCAGAAGAAACAGCAGUUGCUUGUGCUCGAGCAGGAACGGGAGCGCGAGAGCCUGAAGCAACUGUACACGUUGGAGAGGAUAAAGCUGACCGAGGAGGUCGAGAGGCUGAGGAAGCUUGUGGAUCAGCAACAAACCAGCUCCGUCGACAAGGUACAAAUCGGUUGGAAACCAACGAUCCCGAGCCAACCCGGGGCCGAACUUUGCUCCGCCAAGACACCGGACGAUCGCCUGGACGAUGACGCUUGGCGCGACUACAUCUUCGACUGGAAGUACGACCACUGUAUCAUCACGUCUUACGUUUGAUCCUUCAAUAAAAAGAGAAAAAAUGAAUUUUUUCAAAAAAAAAAAAAAAAAAAAACA